AUGAGAGUGACAAGCUGCAACGCAAUGUUGACUUUGUCACUGACACUUGUAGAGAGACACUUGAGAGUGGGGCUAGUGGGGAUAGAAGAGACAGUGGUAGCGCUGGCUACUCUAGCGCUCUGCGUGGCUACCAAAGAGGAGGGCAAGAGGCCUGCAAGGAACCCAGGCCUACUGCACCUCGCACACGCUGGGCAAUCCGUGGGCAGCUAUGUUGGGUUGGAGGGCGACCAUGGGGGUGCCAGGGCCGCUGGUGGCGCUGCUGGUGGCGCCGGACCUCAGAUCCUCAUCUACGGCGGCCAUCCCCAGGUCACUACUCGGGUGGUCAGCAAAGACAGCCUGGAAGAGCUUGAUGAGGAUAUCCGACAACAUUACCAGCAGCAAGCGCCUAGAUACGUCCCCAACAGUAGCUUCCGGGGACCCUACUUCGACGGUGGUCGCCAAAACCUAGGUUAUUCAGGAGUGAAAGACACUCCUCAAUACACCCCAGGCCACGACUAUACCGCAGCUACUGUUGCCCCUGCCUACAGCUACCCAAGGACAUACGGGCACUUCGGGGGAGCUCCUCUACUGUACAGUCCUCAGGCUCAUGCGCCUCUGGGGCACUUCCCUGGACUGUCUACCUUCGUAGGUCAGCAGGUGCAUCAAGGUCAAGGUCUACAGCACACUCCUACAUCUUCCCCUUACUCUCACACUCAGUCUAACACUGUGACUCCAGCUACUGCUAACUACGCUACUCCAACUGCACACUCUAGACCUACAGCGAACCCUCUCUCCCAUCCAUUGUCAUCCCCUCUACUCCUCCCGGCUGGACUACCCUUGCAACAUCCUCUCCAGGGAGGUCUACCCUUCCACCAAGGUCUUAGAUACCAAUCCCCUUACAGCCAAGGGCCUGUGUUCCUCCCCGUCCAAGCUUUCGGACAUCAACCUCUCCUCUUCCGCAACAACGGACAAUACGCCGAAACAUCUGGAAGGUCACAAUACAAAGACGAACAAAACGACGGAGAGAACUACUACGGAGGAUCUCAAGGUAGAAGACCUACUGAAUACCGCGCGAGAGAGUACGACGAUGAAAGUCCUGCUUACUCCAAAGAUAACAACUACAAGAGCUACGGUAAAUACGAGAGCGAUGAAAGUCUACCGAAGUCCGCAGCGACGCCGAGCUACCAAACGUAUCCUUCUGAGGACCAAGGAAGUUAUGAAGACUCCAGCAAGGAAGUAGGGAGUGCGGAGAAGGGAGGUUUCAAAUACAGCUACGCAGAUGAAAAAGCGAGAGCAGCACCUGUAGAUGGAGAAGGUAAAUUUGCGACGUCUUACCAAAGUGUCACCUUCGAGACACACCACCCAGUGCCUCGCCAUUAUCCCAAGAAACCUCACUAGCUGCCAUCCUCCCCCCCCCCUUCGACUCUUCGUUCCUUAGACUGAGUAAGUCAUGUUGCAUAGUUUUAAGGUAGUAUGUCCCUGU